AAAUUUCCUACUAGUGUCAUUAUUGUAUUGUUGAUAUUGCUAAACAGCUUAACUUUUUAAAAUUGGGUUGGUGUUUGUCUAAUGUCCACCAAUAAUAAGAUGAGUUGGUUUCUUUCUUGUGGAGUGAAAAUUUUUGUUUAUUUCAGAGUUUUCCAAUAAUUAAGCGCCUCUCUCGGGAUUGGGUCUCAAAUCUUCUCUCUUUUUUCUUUUUUUUUUCGUCUUACGAGUGUUGGAAACUCUUCUCUUCUGUGUUUCCUGAUACAGCUGCCAGCGACAUCCACAUUCACAAGAAUCUCUCUCUUUUUCUAGGGUUUCUAAAAGCUUCAGUUUCUCUUGCAGGAACUCAUUUUCCGACCAAACUCAGCGAAUUUAAGACAUCACUGUAAUAAAAUCUCUUCAAAUUCACUAAACAUGGCGGUUUAUUACCCAAGUAAUGUCAAUUGUUACCAGCAAGAACCAAUCUAUCUCAACCAUCAUCACCAACAACAACAACAACAACCUUCGUCCUCCUCCUCCGCCGCCGCCUCUUUCGUCGGCGGCGAAGAGAAUGUUCGAAACGAGAUGGUUUUCAUUCCACCAACGGGUCUUCAAAAUCUCAACGGAGACGUUCCCGUUUCGAGCAGCGAGUUAACCUUCCGCGACGGCCAGGGACUAUCUUUAAGUCUCCUCGGCACUCAAAUCUCUCUUCCUUCGUUUCACUAUCAGCAAUACCAAUCGGGUUUCACCACAAAUCCUCCAAUCUCGGUUCAGGAAACGCCGCCGUUUAGCAAAGAGAUGUUGCUGUUGGGUCAAUCUGAUCCUUCCUCCGGUUAUGCUGAAGUCUACAACAAUUACAAUAUGAGCAGCGUUUUGCGUUCUCGGUAUCUUAAACCGGCUCAGGUUUUGCUCGAUGAAGUGGUUAGUGUCGAGAAAGAGCUAAACCAGAUGAGGAAGAAGAAGAAAGGUGAAGCCUUUAACAAUAGUGCAAAUGAGACAGAAGGUGGAGGAGGCUUUGGUGGUGAGAUAUCAAUAGAGUUAUCUACAAUUGAACGACAAGAGCUUCAAAGCAAGAAGGACAAGCUUUUAACAAUGGUUGAUGAGGUAGAUAAAAGAUAUAACCAAUAUUACCAUCAAAUGGAAGCAUUAGCUUCAUCAUUUGAGGUAGUAGCUGGAUUUGGAUCAGCUAAGCCUUACACAUCAGUGGCUCUCAACAGAAUCUCUUGCCAUUUUCGCUCUUUUCGCGACGCGAUUAAGGAACAUAUUCAGGUUAUCAGAGAGAAGCUUGGGGAGAAAGGAGGAGAGUUGUCAUUGGAUGAGCAACAAGGAGGAGAGAGGAUACCGAGAUUGAGGUAUUUAGAUCAAAGGUUGAGACAGCAGAGAACUUUGCAUCAACAGAUUGGAAUGGUUAGACCUUCUUGGAGACCUCAAAGAGGUCUCCCUGAAAGCUCUGUCUCUGCGCUUCGCGCUUGGCUCUUUGAACAUUUCCUUCAUCCGUUUGUGUUUCCUUCUCUCACAAGUCACAUCCUUUAUGUUUUCGUAUUACAAAACAUUUUAAGAGAGUUUAUGUUUGUUAUAUGUAGAUACCCGAAAGAAUCUGAGAAAAUGAUGCUUGCAAAGCAGACAAGACUGUCCAAAAACCAGGUUGCUAAUUGGUUCAUAAACGCGAGAGUUCGUCUAUGGAAACCAAUGAUAGAAGAGAUGUAUAAAGAAGAGUUUGGUGAUGAUGCCUCUGAGUUACUAACUUCCAAGUCUCCCAGCAGCACCAACCAAGAAGACUCCUCCUCGCAGCAGCAGGAGCCGGAGAACACAACAAACGUUGCCUUCUCAUCAGAACCUAAACCAGACUGUACUUCAGCCAAUGAAGAUGACCCACAACUACAUCAGAUGAACCGGUCAGCUGAUUAUGAUAGUCUAGUGAACUAUCACGGGUUUGGUGUUGAUGAUUACCGUUACAUAGACGGAAACAACCAGCAGGAGAGCAGAUUCUCCAAUGGCCAUCACUUGCACGACUUUGUCGUUUGAACAGAGGACAUGAUUCUUGAGGCACAAGAAAUGUGAUGUCUUGCAUUUUUAUAGAUAGGCAUAUAACACAACCAUCUGUGGCUUUUGUGUAUAGAGUAGUACACUUGUAACACAAGUAUUUGAUUAUGUGUGUAUAAGAUUUACGGUGGUGUGAAGAAUUAUGAACAACCGCUUCAUUUUACAACGGA